AUGAAAUCUCCUGCCCUGUGGAUGGCCAUCGGUGCGAUUCUACUCCUAGGCGGAAGUGUGAACGCAUGGGGUGGCCUGUUCAAUAGGUUCUCGCCGGAAAUGCUAGCAAACAUGGGCUAUGGCAGUCACGGAGGAUCCUAUCGCCCACAAACGUUUCUGCAGAAUGAAAUUCUUGACGAGGAACAGCAAAGCCCCCGAUACGAGCCGGACCCCUGCUAUCCCCGAGUGUGCUCCGCUAACGAAUACUGCUGUCCAGGGUAUAUUUGUAUAAUCAUGGACAAUGUAAGGGGCACGUGCAUGCCACUAUACGGUCGAAAGUACGGCGAGCUGUGUCGGCACGAUUCUGACUGCGAGUCUGGGCUGGUCUGUGACAUCUCCGCGUUGAGCGGAGCGAGCGUCUGCCGACCGCCAACCAUCGUGGCAAAGCAGUACGGCGAAGAUUGCAUCACUUCCAGUGACUGUGAUAUUACACGAGGAUUGUGCUGUCAGGUGCAGAGAAGACAUCGGCAAGUGCCUCGUAAGGUAUGCUCGUACUUCAAAGAUCCUCUCCUCUGCGUUGGAACGGUUGCUGCUGAUCAGGUGAAACACCAGAUUGAGCAUACUGCAGGUGAAAAGCGCAUCAUUUACAAUAAGCACUAA